AUUUACCUGUCUCUCACUCUGUCUCUGAUCAGCAAAGUACUACUAAUUAGCCCGUUGGGGCAAAUAAAUCACAUGUAGCGUCUAUGCCCUACAAACAUUGUUAUCACUGGUUCGGGCCGCAAGCCACCCCUAUGGAGUACUGAUGGUACCUGAACACUUCCGGUCUUGUUCCAUGGCCCUUCUCACCAUGCCAACACACUCAUGCAAGGCGUAAUGCCUUGCCCAACCAUAUUGCUUUUUUAUCCCUUCCUGACAGUUUUAUAACACCAAUAGCAUGAAGCCAUGUUGAAGACAAAUUCUAAUCCGAUCGAUCGAGUUUCAGCGACCGGUGGCUGGGAUCCGAGGUGGCUGGGGGUCUCCCGUCCAACCAGUCCGUCUUGACCCAACCACCUCACUAUGGACAGCAGCGAUGUCCGUCGCUUGACAACCUCGGGCUACUUCGCCCUUGCGUUUUGAUUGAACUUAUCGACGCUUAAUAUCUCACUCAGAAUUUCAAUACCUGCGUCUUGGGAAUGCCCAUUGCAUACCAUUCGCUGCAAGUGAGCCGUUCACAUACAUUCCCCCGUUGUCUUGAGCCGUCAUGCUUGCUUCGGGGUCCGGGAAUGUAAGUCUGAGGACCGUCAGCUCAAAUAGGCCGCAAGUACUACGUUCUGAGGAUCAACAAUCGGUUGCCGCUUCGGACGACUACUAUUCUUUUUCAGAUCGCACUUCUAGUUCGAGAUCUCCGAGCAACGGAAGUCAUGCUACCGUUGUGAGGUAUGCCACGCCGAUGUCCCACCCUGUGUCUCACAAUUCAUCCCCCGCCAUCUCGAGAACGCAUCUAGGCCCGCCCAUGGUUGGAUCAACCUCCCGCCUAGAGCAGCCAGUGAAGAUACCAAACGAGAACAAAAAUGCGCCAUCGCCCGCUGUGAGUACCGUUCGCUCUGUGCAAGACAGAGAAGUUCACAUGAACCCAAUGACCGAGAGCGCCAGUCGCCAGGUCCCAAGUGACAGCUAUGCGGGACCUCCACCCACACCUGGCAUGGACGACGUUCCAUACAUCCGAUUUGCAAUCAACCAACUUACACGCGAAGAAAAUUCUCAUAGCUUGCAAAGACCGAGCUCGGUUGCAAGCGAGGACUACCCGGCUGAGCGUCUCAUUUGGGACGAAGGAUUGGGGCAUUUCAUCCGCUCGCCUGAAUCGCAUAAUACACACCCCGCCCAACAACCAUUGCUGCAGCACCCCUCACCAGAGCCAGUCGAUAGGUCCCUUCCGGACUCGGUAGAACCGGAAGCCUUUGUCGCAGUCGAGCCUCCAAAAGAUAGUUUGCUCUAUCCACGCCUGGACUAUGUGCCACAUGUGUUACGGCCAUGGGGCCUUAUUGCAGUCAUCUUCUGCUCUUUGCUCAUGAUCGCCGGGAUUGUCUUCUGUAACGUAUGGUCUCAGAGACACCAGGGCUUCUGGGAUUAUGAUGGCCAAGGUGGUGAACGGUACUUCGUUGUUCAAUUCCUCCCACAAAUUUUGGCUGUCAUUAUCACGGUUUGGACUUUCGUUAUCCAGGCGGCAGUGUAUCGUACAAUGCCGUUUGCGAUCAUAGCCUCGGAAAAGAAGUCAGGUCAUGUUUUGCAUCGUUUACCAAUUCUAUCGCAGAACUUUUUGGUUCCAGACUUUUCGCAGUUUCAACAUGGGGAACCGUUGGUCGGGCUCUCUUUGGUCUUAAUAUGGAUAUCGAAUGUGAUCACGUUGCCACUGCUAAGUUGCUUUUUCCAAGCAAGGUGGUUCUUCGUCGAUGGGCAAGGGACAUGGCGUUGGACUGCUGUACAGGAUGUCGGCUGGACACUGGUAGCGAUAUACGGACUACUGACCGUUGCAUUGGUUCUACUGAUGUUUCGCUUUCUUCGCACUUGUUCGGGACUAAUAUGGGAUCCGGUGAGCCUCGCUGAUCUGAUCCCAAUCAUUCAACGGUCCAAUAUCUUGCGGGAUUUUGAGCAAUCAGAAAUAUUGCCCGAUGUAGGCGAGUCACUCAACCCUAGAGUCCUCCGGCUGGGCUACUGGCAAUUAUCCAGCCGUGAAGCGACGUUCUACGGUAUCGGUGAGGUUGCAGCGCCGCUGGGAAACCCGUCUCUCCACCUCAGCGAAAAGAGCCGCGAAAAGCAGCCAUAUGGUUUAUCCAGGGUUUCCUACGACAUAGAGCAGCAGAUCGGAGAAGGGAAGUAUGGCUUCGAUGAGCACAUGUACUCGCCAUCUGUUCGUUACCGGUGGACUCCAUGGUUCCUUCGAGACACCUUUAUUGUCGCAUGGACAGUUACCAUCGGCGCUCUUUUUAUCGCCUUUGUGCUUGUCAGCUUUCUCCAUGACGCCAUUAAAGGCGGAUUCCCACCACGGUUGCCCACACUGCCGUCGCCUAAGUCCUUUUCCUCCUCCAACUUCCUGUACAGCUUCAUCCCAGCACUCAUCGGGAACGUCCUUUUCCUCGCGUGGCAGCCUAUCGAUGUGUAUUUCCGUGCUCUACAACCAUUUGUCUCGCUUUCCUUUCCGCAGGGUGCACCGGCCGACCAAAGCUUGCUACUGUCUUAUCCGUCGUGCUUCCCCUUCCAUGUGACAGUACUAGCUAUCCUCAACAAACACUAUAAGGUGGCCUGGAUCUCCUUCAUGAGCGUUGUGUCGGCUGCUAUUCCUAUCUUGGCUGGUGGUGUCUUUAUCGCUCUCAACUACCCUUCAGAAAGCGAAAUCCGCAUUGCCGCUCUUAUGCCGGCAUUCUACGCCAUGGUUGUGUUUUGCGCAUUAUACACAGUGUCCUUUUUGUGUAUCUGGCCCGGUCGCCGCCGCUACCUGCCCCAUGAUAUCAGCACGCUCGCCGAUCUGAUAAGCUUCCUCUACCAGAGCCCUCUGCUCUCGGAUAAAAUACUCCGUGAGCCUCGGAGCAAAGCUGAUCUUGUUACGCGACUGGUCAUGGCACCUCCUGGAGACAGGGACCAUCCCAUGUAUGGCUUUGGAAUUUAUGUGGGACGUGAUGGCAAAGAACAUCUUGGCAUUGAUCGCUUUCAUCGGUCGGGUCGGGCAGACAUGCUGAUUACAACGGGGUCGAUGAAAUGAUAACCAACGUGCUUGGGGCUCGUUUCCCUUCG